AACAUGAGAAUCCAAUCCGGCAUGAAAAAUUUCGCCAAAAGUGCAGGUGCCGUUAGUUGUCGUCUCAUGUUGAUUUGUCGGUGUGCUUGUGUUUCUGUAAACAAAGCAGUGAAGAUCCUAGCUUUUGAUGCCAAUGGCACUGCAGAGAUUUCAUCGACAUUUCUACUUGAUCGAACAGGUGCGCCACUGGUGGAGUUUUUUUCAACCGACAAACGCUGGCCCAGCUGCGAUAUGUGCCCAAGCUGCUGGGCUAAGGGGCUGUGUGAUGGAAAGUCAGUGGGUGGUGCGGCGAACGCCGACGACCAUGUGAACGCUGCUCUCUUCAAGGCGCAAUUCAAUGAGACCGAGAUUUUGCGAUUUCUCGCUGAUGUGUACAGCUGAAGACUGUUUGAACUUCAGCGCACAGCAACUGCAAUGCGCUCCGUUCGACAUUAGAUAUGAAUGUAUGAUUGCAGCGCCAACUGGGCGUUGAAUUGGACGUACAUAAGUGAAUGAUCCGAAUUAAUAAUG